UUCAUGUACGCAACAAAACAACCAUAAAAUCCCAAAAAGGGGGUUUAUCUGGGGUUUCCAUUUUUAUCAAUUUCCCAUUCCGACCACAACUUCAACCGCUCUCUCUCUCUCUCUCUCUCUGUCUCUCUGUGAGUCCCCACUUCCUUCUUCUUCUACCAUGCACCCACUGUCACUCUCACUCUCCACCACCACCCCACAUUUGCAACCCUAAAAAAGCCAUGGCCCUUCACCGCCAAACUCACCGCCUCUCCACCUGUCACCGCCACCCUACCAAACCCAUCACAGGCUUCUGCGCCCCCUGCCUCAGUGAACGCCUCGCCGGCCUCGCCUCCGCCGCCGCUGCCGCUCAACCACAAUCACCGACCCGGAACCCCCAUUCCGGGUCCGAGCUCCGGCGCAGCAAGUCAUGCUCCGGCCAGAGACCUGAGUCUUCGUCGGCCCCCGACCCGACCCGGCGCAAGUCCUGCGACGUUCGGGCUCGGAACACUCUGUCGGAGCUCUUCAACAUCGACGACGACCGCAAAGGCCUGCCCAGAAAGUUUGAGGUCGAACUGAGAGGAGAAAAGGACAAAGACGAUAGUGGAGACGAAGCUAGGGUUUUGGAUUCGGAUGCGGAGUUCAAGACGAUGAAGGAGCUGAUAGAUCUCGAGUGGGAGAGGAAGAAGGGUGCGGGUCGGGAUUUGAAGGAAAUCGCAGGGACAUUUUGGGGAACGGCGUCGGUUUUGAGCAAGAAGGUGAGGCAAUGGCGGCGGAAGCAGAAGACGAAGAAGGCGGAGAACGAGGGUUUCGUGUGCCAGAAGCGGAGGGAAACCCAGUCGGAGGUUGGAGAGUACGCAUUGGGGAGAAGAUCGUACGAUACGGAUCCGGAUCCGGGUCGAAUGUCGCUUGACGAGCCUCGGGCUUCGUGGGAUGGGUAUUUGGGUCCGAGAGCCCACCACCCGAGGCUGACGCCGAUGGUUUCGGUUGUGGAAGAGAGCUUGGAGAGGAGCCCAGGUGGGUCAGCUCAAACCAAAGACUAUUACUGUUCUCAGCGGCGGCGGAGCUUCGAUCGAUCGGCGGCGGAGGUUGAUGAGUUGAAGUUGGUAACGAAUGCCAGAGUGUCCCCUGCGACUACAGAGUUGUUCUAUGGCGCCAAGUUGCUAAUUACAGAGAAGGAACUGAUGUGUUCGGGUUCGAAGUUGAAAUCUGUUGAAGAUGAGUGUAAGGAGGAGGAGGAGGAGGAGGAGGGUGGUGUUGGGGUUGGCGUUGAAGCUGUUUGUAAAAAUGCUGCUGUGGAAUCAACCAAUGGGGUUGAUCAUCAAAAGCCGAAUAGGCGGCACAAGAAGUGGAGUUUUUGGGGUUUGAUGCAGAGGAGAAGUGAAAAGAAAUGUGUGGAUGAAGACAAUGCGGAUUCUUGGCAAAAGCUGAGGAGGGUUGCCGAUGGAGAAGCCAACAGUGGGUCUGUGAGCCAGAAGCUGAUUCGGAGUUACAGCGUUAGCUGUAGGAACUCAUGCAAAAUGGUUGAUUUGUUCAGCAAUGUGAAUGGCGUUGGUGUCGAGAGCAAAAGCAAUGGUUUGAAGACUCUGCAGAGGAACAAGAGUGCUCGGUAUUCGCCGAGCAAUCUUGAUCAUGGAUUGUUGAGGUUUUACUUGACGCCAUUGAGGAGCUACAGGAAGAGUGAAUCAGGAAAGAGUAGGCCAAGCAGCAACAACUUACAGUCUGUGCCCAAGAAUGUCUUGUAAAGGUGCUUCAUCGCAUUCGCAUCUUCUUCCAUGGAUGUCUUGUUAUGUUGUAAAGCCAUAUAUAAAUGCAUUUUCUUCUAGAAUGAGGGCAUACCUCUCCCUAACACGUUUCUCCUAACAAUGCCAAAUUGCCAAUAAGGCAAUAAUCAAAACCACAACUGUUUCCCUCUGACAAUCUUUUUAAGUAGCUGCCUAUGAUAUUUGAGGAGCCUUGUAAUAAUACAAUUUAGUCUUUUUUUUCUUUGAAAUCGUUUGUUUGUCACUUCAUUUUGUAGCUGUGUUGAAUGUUU